GUUGUUGUUAUUCGGAUAUUGGUGGAAACCCUAUCCCAGGCUCGGGCGAUCACCCGACGUGACGUCUACUACCGGGAUGUGCGACUCUUCAGUAGGCAGACUGCAGUAGAUGGCGUCAUAGACGAUCUAUCGUACAGUCUCGGCUUGCCUUGCUACGAGUUGGGAGUGAUUGCUUCUCAGAAAGGCCUAAUCUUCGGCGAUCUUCGUAUGGAGUUCGCAAAUCCUGGAUUAAUACCCGUAAUCCCGGAGAAGGCCAAGAUAUUCCUUGACGACGACAUAAAUGCGCCGCACCGCCUAGAAUACAUUCUCGUAGUGGAAAAGGAAGCCGUUUUUAAAACGUUGGUGGAUUUGGAAACUGGCCGAGAUGGUGAAGGGGUUUCACACAACCGUAUCAUCGUUACUGGUAAGGGCUUUCCCGACCAGCUUACGAAGCGCUGUAUACGAAACUUGGCCACUAGCUUCCCGCAAGUGCCUAUAUUCGCGUUCGUAGACAGUGAUGUAUAUGGCUUGAUGAUCCUCCGACACUAUUCUAACCAGAACGAACAAAACUCCCAUAUCCCGCUAAUCCGAUACAUGGGGGUGGAAUUGUUCGACUAUCUGAGCGGCUGGUUAGAGAUCACUAUGAGGGAUUUCAGAGUCAUGAAAAACUUUCUAGUCUCGUUGAGCCACUUUCUGUACGCGAAUCGCAGAGCUGCAACUGAGCAUUGUCGAUGGCUGAGAGAGAUUCAACGGGGCAUGUUUUGUUUCAAAAAAUCAGAAAUGAACGUUGUUCUGAAUAAAAGUGUCCAGGAUAUUGAUGAAUACGUCAAUGAAAAGGUAAAACGAUACUUUCAGAAUUAA